AUGUCCCGGGCUCGGCCAUUAUUUUGGGACUGGUUUGGUGCCGCGUUGUUUUCUAGUGUCAUCUCCUAGCGGCCUGCCACCGAGGCGACAGUACCCAGGGCUAGACUGCGAGAGGAACCCUGGUCUUAUAGAUGAUGUUCUCCAAGCUCUAAGGAAGAAAUCAAGCAAGAAUUAAGGGGACGUGGAGAGGAACCUUUCUAAAAAGGCAACAAUGACGAGAGAAAAUUGGGCCCACAAUGCUCUGAGACAAGAGGGUCUUGUGAAAGGGAAGGAUGAUACCUGGAAAUGGGGAACCAGCUUCCAAGGGAGCAGCUCCUCUGUUUGGGAGACCUCUCACAUGCACUUUAGACAGUUACGUUACCAUGAGACAUCUGGACCCCAGGAGGCUCUGAGCCGGCUCCGAGAGCUCUGUCGCCGAUGGCUGAGGCCAGAAGCACGCACCAAGGCUCAGAUCCUAGAGCUGCUGGUGCUGGAGCAGUUUCUGAGCAUCCUGCCUGGGGAGAUUCGGACCUGGGUGCAGCUCCAUCGUCCUGGCAGUGGCGAGGAGGCUGUGGCCCUGGUAGAGGAGCUGCAGAAAGACCUUGAUGGACCAGCACUAAAAGGUCCAUUCCUUGUCCAGGACCAGGACAUUCUCCAGGAGGGUUUGAGUGCUCCAGGAACAGCAUUUGUUCCUGCAUCUCCCAGCAGCCACUUAUCAGCUGAAAUUCAUCUGAAUCCUCUUUCUGACAGAGUGGUGUUCAACCUCCAGGAUCCUCCACAUGAUUCUCCUGCCCCUGAGGCUUCUGCCCUAUCCCAGGAAGAGAACCCAAGAAAUCAAUUAAUGGCACUUAUGCUCCUAACUGCCCAGCCCCAGGAGUUGGUAAUGUUUGAGGAGGUGUCUGUAUGCUUCACUUCAGAGGAAUGGGCAUGUCUGGGCCCAAUUCAGAGAGCCUUGUACUGGGAUGUUAUGCUGGAGAAUUAUGGAAAUGUGACCUCUCUAGAAUGGGAGACCAUGACUGAAAAUGAGGAGGUGACAUCAAAGCCAAAUAUUUCUCAAAGAGCAGAUGCUCAGAAAGGAAUAUCAAAAAGACUUCAAGGCAGUGUUUCCCAGGUCCCUGGUUUUGAGGAAGAAUGUGAAUGGCAAGUUUUGGAAAGUCAGUGGGGAAAUGAAACAGGAGAAAGGGUAGAUGCAAUGAAAAAAGGUUCCCUGUGUGAACAAGACAAGAAGAAAAGGACUUUACCAGAAAAACGGGGCCAGAAGUGGAAGGAAUUUGGAGAAAGCUUGACUUUAGGUUCAGCUGUUUCUGAAAGUUUAAUAGGUACUGAGGGAAAGAAGUACUAUAAGUGUGACAUAUGUUGUAAACAUUUAAAUAAAAUUUCACAUCUCAUAAACCAUCGGAGAAUCCAUACUGGUGAGAAACCUCAUAAAUGUAAGGAGUGUGGAAAGGGCUUUAUUCAGCGCUCAAGCCUUCUAAUGCACCUUCGAAACCAUUCUGGGGAGAAACCAUAUAAAUGUAAUGAAUGUGGGAAAGCAUUCUCUCAAAGUGCUUACCUUUUAAACCAUCAGAGGAUCCACACUGGGGAGAAACCUUAUAAAUGUAAGGAAUGUGGAAAGGGCUUCUAUAGGCAUUCAGGCCUCAUUAUACAUCUAAGACGCCAUUCAGGGGAGAGACCUUACAAAUGUAAUGAGUGUGGGAAAGUUUUCUCUCAAAACGCUUACCUCAUUGACCACCAGAGGCUCCAUAAAGGAGAAGAACCUUAUAAAUGUAAUAAAUGCCAGAAAGCUUUCAUUCUGAAGAAGAGCCUCAUUCUGCACCAGAGAAUUCACUCUGGGGAAAAACCCUAUAAAUGUGAUGAAUGUGGAAAAACCUUUGCUCAGACCACCUACCUUGUCGACCAUCAGCGACUCCACAGUGCAGAGAACCCUUACAAGUGUAAAGAAUGUGGGAAAGUUUUCAUUCGAAGUAAAAGCCUCCUUUUACAUCAGCGAGUCCACACAGAAAAGAAAACCUUUGGUUGUAAAAAGUGUGGGAAAAUUUUUAGUUCUAAGUCAAACCUCAUUGACCACAAGCGGAUGCACAGCAGAGAGAAACCUUACAAAUGCACUGAAUGUGGGAAAGCCUUCACUCAGAGUGCUUACCUUUUUGAUCAUCAGAGACUCCACAAUGGAGAGAAGCCCUAUGAAUGUAAUGAAUGUGGAAAAGUUUUUAUUCUGAAGAAGAGCCUCAUAUUACAUCAAAGGUUCCACACUGGAGAGAAUCUCUAUGAAUGUAAAGACUGUGGUAAGGUCUUUGGUUCUAACAGGAAUCUCAUUGACCAUGAGAGACUCCACAAUGGGGAGAAGCCAUAUGAAUGUCGAGAGUGUGGGAAAACCUUUAUUAUGAGCAAGAGUUUCAUGGUCCACCAGAAACUUCAUACACAGGAGAAAGCCUACAAAUGUGAGGAUUGUGGGAAGGCUUUCAGUUACAAUUCAAGCCUGCUCGUACAUCGAAGAAUCCACACUGGAGAAAAGCCUUUUGAAUGUAGUGAGUGUGGAAGAGCUUUCAGUUCCAACAGAAACCUCAUUGAACAUAAGAGAAUCCACAGUGGUGAAAAACCCUAUGAGUGUAAUGAGUGUGGCAAGUGCUUCAUCUUGAAAAAAAGCCUCAUUGGACAUCAGAGGAUUCACACAAGGGAAAAGUCUUAUAAAUGCAAUGACUGUGGGAAAGUCUUUAGUUACCGCUCAAACCUGAUAGCCCAUCAGAGAAUCCACACUGGUGAGAAGCCCUAUGCAUGUAAUGAGUGUGGGAAAGGCUUCACCUACAACAGAAAUCUUAUUGAACAUCAAAGAAUUCACAGUGGGGAAAAAACAUAUGAAUGUCAUAUCUGUAGAAAAGUUCUUACCUCUAGUAGAAAUCUUAUGGUACAUCAAAGAAUACACACUGGAGAGAAACCUUAUAAAUGUAAUGAGUGUGGAAAAGACUUUAGUCAGAAUAAAAACCUUGUUGUACAUCAGAGAAUGCAUACUGGAGAGAAGCCUUAUGAGUGUGAGAAAUGUAGGAAAUCUUUUACCUCCAAGAGGAAUUUAGUUGGUCACCAGAGAAUCCACACAGGGGAGAAACCCUAUGGGUGUAAUGAUUGUAGCAAAGUUUUUAGACAAAGAAAAAACCUCACUGUACAUCAGAAAGUUCAUACAGAGGAAAAACCCUGUGAAUGUGGUGAGGCUGAAAAGGAAUUUUCUCAGACUUCAAAACUUCAUUUUCAACAAAAAGUCCAUACUGUGGAGGAAUUCUCUUGGCUAAAAAAUGCCAGUGAGUCUAAGAUAGAGAUUCAAAAAAUAUAGUGGAGAUCUGGCAUUGUGGCUAAGUGGUAGAGUACUGCCUUGCAUGUACAACCCC